CUGAAACAGAGGCUGCUGGAUGCAAACAAUCACUGACAAACGAUUUUACUUUUACCUUUCGUCCAGGAAGGCUUGGAUUUGCUUGUCGGUAAAGCUAAAAUAUUUGGCAUAAUUUGCAAAAAACAUAUAAUGGCGAAUCUUACUGGUAUCAGUCCAUAGACCGUUACGAUUGCGAUACUAGUUGUCUCGUCACUAACCGCGCGUAAUGGUUAUUACCAAAGAACCUCUCCAUCACCCUGAACAACGAGCCGCUUAUUGUUUCCGUCAGUCAAAAUGUCGGAUCAGCCAGUAACUUUACCCGUCUGUAAGCGACUCACGUACGCCGUGGGACACUUCUUCAAUGAUCUCUGCGCGUCCAUGUGGUUUACCUAUUUACUGGUGUACUACCACUCGGUUCUCGGUUUCCAGGACACUAACGCAGGCGCGCUGCUGCUGGUGGGGCAGAUCGCGGAUGGAAUCUGCACACCUCUCAUCGGCUAUGAAUCCGACCGGACUUCGGGAUGUGGGACUUAUGGGAAAAGGAAAACCUGGCAUUUAGUGGGAACAUUGAGUGUGUUCGCCUCCUUCCCCUUCAUAUUUAACCCUUGUAUCGGAUGUGAUGAGGGCACCCCACAGAUGGCAGGACUCAUUUAUGCCAUCCCAUUUAUCGUCAUUUUCCAGUUUGGCUGGGCUGCUACGCAGAUAUCCCAUCUGUCACUCAUUCCAGAGCUGGUCACAUGUGAGCAUGCCAAAGUUGAGCUCACAUCAUACAGGUAUGCCUUUACAGUGGUGGCUAAUAUCACUGUAUAUGCUGUGGCAUGGCUCUUGUUUCACUUUCAGUCACAAAAGAUGGAUGAUCCAUCUAUCUCUCAGAAUCUGGGCUGGGCUGAUGUUCCCACAUUCAGAUAUCUGGCCCUGAUUGUGUUGGGCAUCGGUAUGGUUUUCUCCAUAAUUUUUCACCUGGGAACAAAAGAGAGUGUCCAACCUCAGGAGAGUGAAGCAGGGGAGUAUCAGCCUCUAAUUUCUCGCUCUUCCCGGAACUCUGGACUUGUGCUGCAGUGGAAACACUGGCUUAAGGAGCCUGCCUUCUAUCAGGUUGCCGUACUAUAUAUGUGCACUAGACUGAUUGUAAAUUUAUCCCAAGCUUACAUCCCUAUGUAUUUGACAAGCACCUUAUCACUGCCAAAGAACUACAUUGCAACUAUUCCCCUGGUCAUGUAUGUCUGUGGGUUUGUGUCUUCUCUGGUUAUGAAGCCUGUCAGUAAACAGAUCGGCACCUCUAUGACCUAUUUCGUUGGCCUUUUGCCGAUUAUGGCGUUUUCCUAUUGGGUGUUGCUGGAAGUGAACAUGGGCACACAGGUUUACGGAGCUGCUGUGCUGCUGGGAGCUGGAUCUGCUGUCAUUCUGGUCAUGUCACUGUCCAUGACCGCCAAUCUCAUCGGAGAUCAAACACAAAGUGGUGCCUUUGUUUACGGUGCAAUGAGCUUCACGGAUAAGGUGGCUAAUGGACUUGGAGUGAUGAUGAUACAGUCCUUCUAUCCCUGUCAUACACAGGAAUCCGAUUGCAUAUGGUUCUACCACAAUGUCAUGGUGAUUGUUACCGGGGGCGUAGCUGCUGUUGCAGCCAUCUGUCUAUGUACCAUUCUCAUUUGGCCAAUCACAAUUCGCCAACGUCUGGCUGUCACCACAGGCCUGAUGGGUACACAAGACGAUGAAACAAACAGCUGUAGGGUCAAUGGAAGACUUAACUUAUGGACUCAGCAAUGAAAACUUGCACUUGAAAACACUCAACACUCAGUGGCAGAUCAUGAUGUGCUGCAUAGAGAACAAUGUGUUCCCUAUUUGUAACUUACCAGGAAUAAGGAAGAUGAUAAAAUGUGCUGUGGUCACGAGUGCCCGUCUCAGCACUUUGGAUAUGGAAUUUUUUGCAUUGUUCUUUCAUUCUCAAGAGAGUCUCUGUGUAUUGUCUUUUAUAUUUCAGCUCAGGUCUAUCACAUGGUGCGACUGCUCAAACAAGGCAACAAUUAUAUGACACUUACAAGAGACAUUAAAUGAGGUAGUGAAUUCUGCUGUUAAAAUAUUCUGAAAUAUUUCUAAAGAUUCCACUGGAGAUUGAAAACACAUUCAUUUUGUAGGAAAACUUUACAAAAUUUAAAGCUGAAUUUUAAACAGAUUUCUGCUCCACUAGUUUCACCCAACACUUGCAAAAUACACAAGCCAUUGGUUGAGCCAAUGUUACUAUGCCAGGCUGAUUAAACAAAGUUAAGCAAUUUUUUUUAAUAGUGCAAGAGAGCCAGUGUUUAGACUCUUCCAUGCAAUCAACCUUUGAAUUGGUGAUUUAUAGUAGUCUCUGCACAUUAAAAAAUAAAUAAUAAAACCCUAAUCACCUCAAGGUACCAUUUGAAUCGGAUGCACUUAUUGAAAAUUCUUGAAAGUUCUAAAACCUUAUUUGCUUCAGAGAGAUUCAUACAGUUUAAUAAAUUAAUAAGUCCUUCAUUAGGAUACAGUUGAAGACAAAAUGAUUAGCCCUCUAUGAAAUAUUUAGUUAUUUUUCAAAUAAUUUUAAUGGAGCAAAGAUUUUUUUCAACAUAGCAUUUCUAAACAUAAUAGUUUAUUUAGGCAACUUAGAGUGUUUAUAAUAUAAAUCGAAAAAAUCUACAGGUCAAAAUGAUUAGCCAUCUGAUGUUAAUUGUCAAUAGUGUAUCUCUUUUGCUUGAUAACAGCCUUUAGUCGUUUGUUGUAGUUCUCAAAAAGAUUUCUCCUGAGGAGUUGCAGCCCAUUCCUCCUUAGCAAAACUCUCAAACUCCUCCUGAUUUGUUGGUCUCCUGGCAUGGACUCUAGUCCUCAGUGUGGCCCAAAGUUAUUCUAUGGGAUUCAAGUCUGGGCUUUGUGCAGGCCAGUCAAGGACGUUCACUUUGCUCAUUUGGAGGUAGUUCUUCACCAGAAGUGAGGUAUGCUUUGGGUCGUUAUCAUGCUGGAAGACGAAAUGUCGACCCAAACCAAGUUUUGUUGCAGAUUGCCUGAGGUUGUCUUUCAAAAUCUUCUCAUAGUCUAACUUUUUGAUGAUUCUUUCAACCCUGAUGAGAUUCCCAGUUGCCAGAUGCACUGAAUCAUCAUCACAGCAUUAUACUCCCACCGCCAUGUUUCACUGUGGGAACAGUGUUCUUUGGGUUGAGCGCCUCUCCCUUCUUUCUCCAAACAUAGGCAACAUCUAUAUGGCCAAAGAGCUCUAGUUUUGUCUCACCUGACCAAAGGACAGGUUUCCAGUAUGCAUAAUUUUUCUCUAGGUUGUCCUUGGCAAAAUUCAGUCUAGCUUGGAGGUGCCUCUUCUUCAGAAGUGGAGUUUUUCUUGGUCUGCAUCCUUGCAGUCCAUACCUGUGCAGGGCUCUAGUGACUGUCUUCGUUAAGACAUCAAUACCAGACUUGGCGAAAUCAUUCACUAGUGUCUUGGCAGUUGUUCUUGGGUCUUUAGAAACCUCUCUCACCAGUUUUCUUUCCAAGGUUUUUGAAUUAUUUCACUUCCUGCAUCUGCCAGUCUUGUUCUCCACUAUGUGGGUCUCUUCAAACUUCUUGAUAAUAAUUCUCAUGACAGUUCAUGACACCCGAAAACGCUUUGAUAAACGUGUAUAUCCUUCUCCUGCUUUGUGAGCAUUAACGAUUAUUUUUCUCAAGUCUAAACAAAUUUAUUUUGUCUUUGCCAUGAUGACAGUUUUAUAUUACUUCACUAGUUGUUUUGCAAGAUACUAAUCCUCAGUUUGAAGUGCAACUUAAAGGCUUGGGGGAUUAAUUAGGUUAAUUAGGCAAGUCAUUAUAUAACAGUUGUUGGUUUCGUAGCCAAUCAAACCGAUAAUUGCGUAAGGGGGCUAAUAAUAUUGAGCUUAGCAGUUUUUUUUUCUUUUUUUUAAAUACGUUUUUUAUUCCAGGUAAAUUGAAUUAAAUAAGGCUUUCUCCAGAGGAAAAAUAUAAUAAGAAAUACUGUGUUAAAAUCCCCUUGCUCUGUUAAACAUCACUUGGGAAAUAUUUGAAAAAUUAUUUAAAUUUCAAUGGAGGCUAAUAAUUUUGUCUUCAACUGUAUAUCCAAAUUACAAUGAAUACAUUGAAUUGACUACAGGGACAAUCCACCUGGUGCAACCUGGGAUUGAGUGACUUGCUCUGGGGUGUCUUUAUCCCAUGUACACUUCUGUGAUGUAUCUCCAUCCCGUGUAAACAGUGCAUUACUACAUUUAAUUAUUUACAAUAUAACGAUUGUGUGUGCAAUAAAACUUGUUCGGGCAGUUAUGCCUGUACUGUUAAGUGUGAUGCUUUUAAUGGAUUCAUCACACUUUUCCUGUUUCCUUUUCCUAUAGCAAAGGUUUAGCUUUCUGUUAUGACAUUCUAUAUUCUGCUGUCCAUGGACCAGGAGAAAAAUAUUCUUCACUGGUUCAUUUGCUUAAGUGUACACUUUUUAGAACAUGCUGGUUUCGUCUCUGCCAAGAGAAAACUAGCUUGUCAGCCACAGUAUUCCUACACAGUACAACCUUUGGCAAUUUGUGUUCACCUGUGGGUGGAACCAUUGAGAGUUACAUUCUUAUUCACUAGAGGGAGGCAGACAUGCCAAGGAGUUUAGUAGUGCUACUGUGGAUUUUGUAAAACACUGAAAAAUUAAAGUGUGAUAAAAUAAAAAAAACUGAGUUCAACAUUAUACCAACCAUAAUUUUCCAAUUUAUGUAAUAAGAAAUGUUAAAGAAUAAACAAUGGAAAU